UUUAACACGCGGGCAUUAUUCUUAUCAGCGAUAAAUGCCCCCCACUGCUGGAGUUUGGCUCGCUAAUUUGAAUCAGUCGAGGCUAAAAGAGUAAAUGUUAUUGAAAGUAAAUCCAGUUGUGUGCCACAUUCGUCGCUAUUUGCAUAAAAUGAGUCUAGAGGAGGCCAAGAAGAUUGCCGCAUACAAGGCUGUGGAUGAAUUUAUUGAGACGGGCCAGGUUGUGGGAAUCGGGAGUGGAUCAACGGUCGUCUACGCUGUUCACCGACUAGCUAAGAAGGUUACCAAGGAGAAGAUCAAUGUGACUUGCAUACCAACUAGUUUCCAGGCGCGUCAGCUUAUCAUUGGUCACGGUCUCACGCUGAGUGAGCUGGAAUUGCAUCCAGAAAUUGAUGUCGUGAUUGACGGAGCCGACGAAUGCGAUGGAGAUUUGACACUAAUAAAGGGUGGAGGAGGAUGCUUACUGCAGGAGAAAAUUGUAGCUUCAUGCUCGAAAAAGAUGAUUGUAGUGGCGGACUACACCAAGGACUCCGCAAAGCUGGGAGAGCAAUACAAGAAGGGCAUCCCAAUUGAAGUUGUUCCCAUGGCAUACAUCCCAAUUCGCAAUAAAAUCCAGAAUCUCUUUGGGGGAAAGCUUCAGCUGCGAAUGGCAGUGGCUAAAGCUGGGCCCUGUAUUACGGAUAACGGCAACUUCAUACUGGAUUGGCAUUUUCCAUCAGGAAAUCACAAUUGGGCCGAAAUAAAUCGUGAAAUCUGCAUGAUUCCUGGCGUAGUGGAGACUGGUUUAUUCAUUCGAAUGGCUGAAAAGGCUUUCUUCGGUCAAUCCGAUGGUACCGUUAAGGAGAGAUCAUCAUAGUUAUCAUAAAAUGUACUUAUCUGAUUUUUUUGUACAAUUUCCGGGAGAAAAUGCGCCAUAACCAAA